AUGGGACGCGGUGGAGGCUCCUCAAGCGGCGGCGGCGGCGGCGGCGGCGGCGGUUCCAGUGCUGCCAGCAACACCACCACAUCCUUGCCGUCCAUCCUGGACCAGAAGUUUCCUGCGACUCACUUUAAGUACAUUCUGCCUACUGCGAUGUUUGUUGUUUCGGCAAUCUGCGUACUAUGCUUCAUCGGAUUCAUUGUCUGGUAUGCUGGGAUCCGAGCCAAGAACAAGCAAACGAAGAAGCUGCUGCGGUGGGCGGUGAUCGGGUUCUCGAUAUUCCUUAUGACCCUAUACUUCGGCCUGGACGUGGCGGACCGCGUCCUCCUCGAGCUCGGAGAGAAACGGAUCCUCAUGCACUGGCCCUUUAUGAUAACGCUGGAAGCACUCAGUCUCUUCGGGGACGUCAUGCUCAUGACCUUCCUCCUAGUCCCCCUUGCCCGGGAACUCUCGGACCACGUCAAGAUUCCCGAACAGUCUUCUUCUUUUACCAUCCUAUGCCACAAAGGCCUCAACUACAUCCUGACCGGCCUCGCCACCGCCAACAUCGCCGCCUUCGUCUGGAAACUCGUCACAGACCGGUUCUUCGACGAGGAUUUCCGCGAAGCCAUGGCAGAGUCCGGCUCCAAGCCUAUGAUGAUCCUGGCUGCGUACACAAAACUCAACGUCGCGUUCUACGGUCUCUACUUCGCCGGCGCUAUCUCCAUAACCGUCAUCGCUAUGCGUGCCUUGAUGAGGCUCAGAAAAGCCGGUGCGCUUCGCAGGACGUUUCUGAUAUGUCUACCCUUGCUUUCCGCCUCCGUCCUGGUCCGCACCCUGGGGAAGUUCAUCUACGCCAUCGUCUUCAAGCUUCAAGCGCGUGUGCAGACCUCUAGCACCCAGCUCAUUCAUACGAUUUUUUACGGCCUGCUCUCCGUGGUUAUCUAUGCUACCAUCCUGGUCAUCGCCGGAUCGGACGACUGGGAGAGCGACAUUGGUCCGGUACGCGCGAACGUCGAAUAUGGACCGGUUGCAUAUACAAGCUACGGCGAGACGCAGUACAAAACUGGGGAAGUCAAUGUCGCUGUUCAGGAAACGCCGCUUAUGGGGCACGUUGAUCAGGGCUAUACUUAUAACCACAGGAAUUAG